CAGGCCUUUCUUCUUCAGAGAACAUGGCCGACAUUUAGGUACUGCUGUCAUGAAGAUUUCCCAGUGACAAAUUUUAACUUUGUAGUUCUUCAUGCACGGUUUUAUGUUCCAUUAACGUUUUAUUUUUUGUAAUUCCGUAGACCGUAUUUAGUGUAAGCUUAAUUGUUGUAAAAUAUGGCGGCUGAUCGCGAAAUAGCUGCUGAAGACAGCAUUAGAGUCGUAUGCCGAUUUCGGCCACUCAAUGACUCUGAAGAAAAAGCUGGUUCAAAAUUUAUUGUGAAAUUUCCUUCAGGACCCGAUGACAACUGCAUUUCUAUAGGGGGUAAAGUAUAUUUGUUUGACAAAGUAUUUAAGCCUAAUGCAACACAAGAGAAAGUGUACAAUGAGGCUGCAAAAAGCAUUGUAUCAGAUGUGCUGGCUGGAUAUAAUGGUACUAUAUUCGCCUAUGGACAGACAAGUUCCGGAAAGACUCACACAAUGGAAGGUGUCAUAGGGGAUCCAGGAAAACAGGGUAUAAUACCACGGAUAGUCAACGAUAUAUUCAAUCACAUCUAUGCAAUGGAAGAAAAUCUUGAGUUUCACAUAAAAGUUUCAUAUUUUGAAAUUUAUAUGGACAAAAUCAGAGAUUUACUAGAUGUUUCAAAGGUGAACCUCAGUGUACAUGAAGAUAAAAACAGAGUCCCAUUUGUAAAAGGUGCUACAGAGAGAUUUGUGUCAAGUCCAGAAGAAGUAUUUGAAGUUAUAGAAGAAGGAAAAUCAAAUAGACACAUUGCAGUUACAAACAUGAACGAACACUCAUCUAGAUCUCAUUCAGUCUUCCUGAUUAAUGUUAAACAAGAAAACUUAGAAAAUCAAAAGAAAUUGUCAGGAAAACUAUAUCUUGUGGACUUGGCUGGUUCAGAAAAGGUGUCUAAAACUGGUGCUGAAGGUACUGUGCUUGAUGAAGCCAAAAAUAUUAACAAAUCACUAUCAGCAUUGGGUAAUGUUAUAUCUGCACUCGCUGAUGGCAACAAAUCCCACAUUCCCUACAGAGAUUCCAAAUUGACUCGUAUCCUACAAGAGUCACUUGGUGGUAACGCUAGAACCACUAUUGUAAUUUGCUGUUCCCCAGCAUCCUUCAACGAGAGUGAAACUAAGAGUACAUUGGACUUUGGUAAGAGAGCGAAAACAGUCAAGAAUGUUGUGUGUGUCAAUGAGGAACUCACGGCUGAGGAAUGGAAACGUCGCUAUGAGAGGGAGAAGGAGAAGGUUGCAAGACUCAAAGGAAAGGUUGAGAAAUUGGAGGCUGAAGUUAAUCGCUGGAGGUCUGGAGAAACUGUACGGCCUGAGGAACAAGUCAACCUGGUUGAGAUUGAUGCUGCCACUCCGGUUACAUCAUUCAUUGAAGAGAAACCCCCAGUUGCGCCUGUCCCCGUGGCGGUGUCAAGCGCAGUGGAAGACGCGGCGAUGCAAGGCAAGCUCGAAGCGCUAUACCAGCAGCUGGAUGACAAGGACGAAGAGAUCAAUCAGCACUCGCAGCUGGUUGAGAAGCUGAAGGAGCAAAUGAUGGAGCAGGAGGAACUCAUUGCUUGCACAAGACGCGACUUCGAAGCGCUGCAAGGCGACAUGAACCGCAUCCAGCAAGAGAACGAGGCGGCCAAGGAGGAGGUGAAGGAAGUGCUGCAGGCGCUCGAGGAGCUCGCCGUCAACUACGACCAGAAGUCGCAGGAGGUUGACAGCAAGAGCCGCGAGUGCGACCAGCUCUCGGAGGACUUGCAAUCUAAACAAAGCGCCUUGACAACAGCAACAGCCGAACUCCAGCAGCUACGCGAUCUCUCUGCCCAUCAACGUAAACGAAUUGCCGAACUUCUAACUAACCUCUUACGGGAUCUGUCCGAAAUCGGAGCGGCCGUGGGAGGAUCAGAACUUGACUUCAAACUCAACGUGGACACUGUUGGAAAACUAGAAGAGGAAUUCACUGUGGCCAGACUGCACAUUAGCAAAAUGAAGAGUGAGGUUAAAAACAUUGUGCAACGCUGCCACUCGCUCGAAACCGCUAAUAUCGACGCUAACCAGAAGAUCGAAGAGUACGAGCGCUCGUUGGGCGAAUGUCGUCUCCUCAUCUCGCAGCAUGAGGCGCGUUGUGCCUCGCUCGCCGAGUCGAUGCGUGAGGCUGAAAACAAGAAACGACAGCUCGAAGAGGCCGCAGACGCUUUGCGGGAGGAGUGUGCUCGUUUGCAGGCGGCGGAGCGCGUGCAGCUGGCGGCGGCGGAGCAGCGCGCGGACUCGCAGGUGCGCGCGGCGCUGGAGGCGCAGCUCGAGCAGCUGCGCGCCUCACACGCCACGCAGCUGGCCGCGCUGCGCGACGAGCUCGCCGCGCUGCAGCGCCAGCACCAGGAGCUCAAGGAUACAUACCAGGAGUUGACGCUGGCCAGACAGCAACUGCAGGACGACUACGAGAAGUUGAAACGCGAGGAGGCCGACAAGUCCGCCAAGCUCAAGGAACUCAUUCAAAGCGUGGAGCGACGCGAACAAGCCCGCGCCGAUCUCAAAGGACUGGAAGACACUGUGGCUAAGGAGUUGCAGACAUUGCACAACCUACGAAAACUAUUUGUUCAAGACUUGCAGGCAAGAAUAAAGAAAUCGACGAACUCGGAAGAAGGCGCCGAGGAGGAGGGCGGCUCGCUAGCGCAGAAGCAGAAGAUCUCGUUCCUGGAGAACAACCUGGAGCAGCUGACGAAGGUGCACAAGCAGCUGGUGCGCGACAACGCGGACCUGCGCUGCGAGCUGCCCAAGCUCGAGAAGCGGUUGAGGGCCACUAUGGAGAGGGUCAAGGCGCUGGAGACUGCUCUCAAGGAGGCGAAGGAGGGCGCGAUGCGCGACCGCAAGCGGUACCAGUUCGAGGUGGACAGGAUCAAGGAGGCCGUGCGCGCCAAGAACCUCGCCAGACGGGGCGUGCAAGCACAAAUUGCGAAACCGAUCCGCGCUGGCGGCGGACACUUGGUGGGCGGCGGCGGUGUGGUGCGACCAGCGCCCGCACAGGACAUGAAGAGGAAGAGCAUCAUUGUAGGCGCCAGGGAUGAGAGUUGAAGAGAUAGCCGUUGCUUCGUAAAGAAUCUAAAGUGAAAAUUCAUAGAUGUAUUUUUAAAUAAGGCGGCAAAAUCAUUCUUGAAAAAAAUAAAAUUAUUCUACUUACGUAUUUAUCAAAAGCCUAAUAAGUAAGCUACACAGCAAAAAAAUAACAAAAAUAUAGUAGUACUCAUAAGGCUUAACAUUUCGAGCUAUUUAAUCUUAAUGUUAAUAAGUGCACAUGUUUAGAAAUGGUUAUAAGCUUCUUGCAAGUUUUCCAUAAUCCCAUACUCAUGUCGACAAAUACAAAAGAUAUAUUAUGACGAAUAGACUAUGUUGUGCAGAAACUUUGCAUCAGUUAUUCCAGAGAACUCUAACUUUGUUCAAAGUAUUACUUUUCUUCUGACUUGCGUCAACUUAAAGAUUUUAGAAAAAGGAUUCUAUUGAAAAUUUUAUGAAAUGACAAGUAUUAUAUUUAGUUCCAAUUAAUUGCCUCUGUGCUAAAUGAAAUAUUCUUAAAUUAAGGGGUAUCUUCUGGGAAGGAAUGAUAUAAAGGUUUCAUAAUAACGUCAGUACAAAGAUACCGAGCCAGUUACCAAUCAUUGGAGAACAUCAAAUGUGUAUUUCAUUUCUUCCCUGAAGAUAUAUUUGAUCUAUAUACCAGUAUCUGAGAGGAACUGCUAUAAGUUGUUUCAGAGACUCGCAUGUGCUACCGCACAAAGAAAAAAAACUAAAAAAAUUAAAUAAAAAAGGAUUUUCGUUAAAGUCAUGUCUGUUGUGGCAAGUGUGGUGGCAAAUGCAUAACCCAGAGUGCAUAUUCAAUGUGUAGUUCUAGUGUAAGCUUCUUUAAUAUAUAUUUUUAUAUAUUGUGAUAAGCGUUGUUAUGCCGACAUGUGAGCAUUUAAUAAGUUAACGAAACGAAGUAUAGAACCGGUGAAAUGGGUGAUAACGUAUCGACCGCGACUAUUCAACAAACACGUACACGUAUGACGCGCACAAAUAAAGAAUGGGAACGGAUACAAUUAUUUACUUGUCUUCUCGACUCACUCUCUAGUCACAUUAUGGGGUACCAACUCGCGGAGCCCUUCCAAUUCCGCCAAUUUUAAUCUUCAAUCACAUUUAUUAUACAGUUCGGUUGAAACAAAAUGAAUUUCUAAUAGCUAUAUAUCGGCUUACAUUCUUUAUUGAUGCGAGUGAUACAAAGAUGACGAGCGUGUGUACCUAGGCGACUUGCUGCCAUGAGCAAGUUCUCGGCCUCUAGGUUACGAACUGCGCCACAGAGCACGACACUUUAGUGGGCGAUUUUUGUAUUCCCGCGACGAAUAUGAAAAUCACUUUCAACUAAAACAUCUCAUUUGUAAUUUGAAAAAAUAAAUUGUUGCAUAAUAAUAAAUUUAUCAUAGUCACGUAGAAAGUUUUUGCAAAUUACUAGUUAUCAUCCAUGACACCUUAUAUACUAAUCUUCAAUACUGCGUCGUACAUUUUCGCUUGUGAGCUGUGAUGUUUUGUAGAAGGAUUAUCCAUAUCGCGUGUUUCGGUGGUAACAGUAGUCAUUUAAAAACUCUUUCAAAUAGAGCUUUCGUUGAAGUAGAUUACACUUACAGUCUUAAAAUUGCCAAUAGUCUUACUACAAUCUAUGUAUGCUUAUGAAUUACAAUAAAUGUGUUUAAAGUUUUUAUUAUGAAUCGGUUUAGACGCCUGCGAUUUGGUUAAAGUUCUCUAUUUGCUUUUAAGAUUCAUUAGCUUCUUAGUAGAUCUGUAACUUAUGUAAGUACUUAUGAAAUAAUCACGUCACGCAGUCUGAGGGUUGUUGCGGAGCGGACCGACGCCGAGUGCCCGCGCUGCGUCCCAUUGGGAGUUAUGGAACUAUGGUCGACACAUGUUCAGAAAACCAAAGAUCAAUCACAAUCAUUAGAGUUAUUGUCCCGAGAUUAUUAAUUACCAACUGAAAUUUAAUAUAAGCCACGUUUUUUCGCUGAAAGGUUCCAAAGCUCCUUAAUGUGUUGCAAUACAUUUAUAUUAUUUAGGUGUAAAGUUUUAGUAAAUUAUUUCAUACUUAAGUUAGAUACUUGAUUUUAUUAUAUUUUAUUUAUUUUACUACAUAAACCUAAAUUAUGUCGUUUUUUUCACUUUUGAAGUGUUGAACGUUUUUUUACAUACCUCUAUUUACAAUGUUUUAUAAUCAUGAUGAAAACGCAUAUUCUUUCACUCGAAACUUGUUUUAAACGUCAACAGAGAUGCAUUCCGUGCGGAAAGCAGUUUCGUCUUUGUUGUAAAUUAACUUUUGUUAUAAUAUGUAGAGAAAUAAGAGGCUAUCCUCGGUUUCCAUCGCCGAUGCAUCGACAGCUCAAACAGGGCGCGAGCCGCGCGGGCGAACCCCUAACCGAAAGGCUUGCCUUGCACCAAGUGAUUUAGUUUAUAUCGACAUCUUUUGUAUGAUGUAUUUGAUAUAUAGGAAAUUCUCAAAACGAGUGUUUUCUUGAUUUUUAUUUAUUAUAAAAAUAAAAUAUGAAUUUAAUUUGC